GAGUAACGCAUUUCUCGCCCUUGUGUCCGGGCAGGAGGGUGGAGUUAACCCCCUUUUCCUGACCGACACUCCGCCUUUCUGCCCCCGGUAAUCGAGCUUCCGUAGACAAAUUCCUGGUGUAGACAGACUGCGUCCACUGAACCCAUAGGAUUUGUACGUGUCCGGAGACCUAAAUGGAUUAUUAAGGACAAACGUGGACUUCAUUGAACUUUUCUCCUUCGGAGAAGCCCACAAAUUUCCAUCUUGACGCGUGAACAGCUGUGCUACAGCCGGGAGGCGCUGGCUUUAGACAAAGGAGAAGUGACUCGUCAGUCUCGUGUUUAGUUUUACAGCCUUUCCGGGAGGGUUUAUGUGUUUCUCUCAGACCUGGGCCUCCAUGUUCCGCUCAGAGUAGCAGCACAGUAAACACUGUGAGUCUCCAACAGCCUCGCGUGCGCACUGCCCUGCGGGGCCGCAGUCAAACCGGGCCGCGCAGGUAAUUGUCCCGUGAGCGUCAGGUGAAGGCGUGUCGCACUCUGGGAGGAGAGCUUUGUUCAACUUACUCCCUGACAGUUUGUUACAGAGGCAGAUGAGUGGGCUGGAGGCUGUGUGCGUGGAGCUGAUCUAACGGCUUCUUUUUCAGAUGAAACUUUUUUGUUUACGUGUUCCCGAGCCCAGAUCACGCGGACACUUUGGCAGUGCUCAUGACAAAAACGACUUUUCCCCACAGUGACCCCGUGGACUGAGUUAAAGUGGGUGAGACUCUCUUUUCUACUUUUCCAACGGUGCUAGUGGAGCUACUGGGGCCAUGGCGCUGUCUCAGGUUCAGUGCCUGGACGACCACCACGUCAACUGGCGCGUGAACGAGAGCAAACCCGAGUUCUUCUACAGCGAGGACCAGCGGCUCGCAGUGGAGACGCUCAUCAACAGCGGCCGUGAUGCCUUCAUGGACUUUAUCAAAACUCAUGGCGUGCGUCAGUUCCUCUCAGACGAGGAGCUGGACCGGAUCGAGAACUACGUGGAAUUAUACCGACCCGGGCACGAGCACCACCAGAGACCAGACACCCCCAUGACCCCAGGACAGGGCAACAUGACCCCGGGACCGGGCAACAUGACCCCGGGACCGGGCAACAUGACCCCAGGGGCCGGGGACGAUGCGUUUUCUCUCCAGUACUGGCCUGAUCGCUCCGAGUUCUCGGUGGCAGAACUGGACCUGGGAUGGCCAGAGUCAAUAUCCUACCGUGGAGUGACACGCGUGAACGUGCACACGCAGCCUCCAUCAGAAGGCCAAACGCACAUCAAGGAGGUGGUGCGCAAAAGCAUUGCAUCAGCACAGAAGGUGAUAGCUGUGGUCAUGGAUGUUUUUACAGAUGUGGAUAUCUUUCGUGAUCUGUUGGAUGCAUCCUACAAACGUAAAAUCCCUGUGUACAUUAUCCUGGACACAGCCUCGGUGUCCUGCUUCCUGUCCAUGUGCGGUCAAGCUGAUAUGCACCGCGGGCACCUAAAGAAUUUACGAGUCCGCAGCUGUGGAGGUGUGGAGUUUCUGACGCGCUCUGCUCAAAAAGUACGAGGAUCUUUGAAAGAGAAGUUCCUGCUGGUGGAUGGAGACAGAGCCAUCUCAGGGUCAUACAGUUACACCUGGUCAUCAUCCCGCUUGGACCGAAACGUCAUCACAGUCAUUACAGGGCAGGCUGUGGAGACCUUUGACAUCCAGUUCCGUGACCUCUACCUUCUGUCCCGAGGCGUGUCUCUCAGCAAAAUACCGAUGGCCGACGAACCCAUCCCCGAUCCCAUUCCCCAUGCUGCCCCAGCCCCCGUCUCAGCAACCGUGGCCCGCAAACUCAUCAACCCCAAGUACGCUCUGGUUGCCACGGGAAACCAUAUCAGCCCCACCUCCUCCGACCAAAACUCCACCAAACAGAACUCCAGCUCCCAGCUUCCCACAGGACUCAAAAUAAUGAAAGGUCGUAUUAAGGAGGUUUAUGAGGAGCCGCCUUUGCAUCCAGGAUUGGCACAUCUAGAAAGGGCGUAUUUGAUCCCGUAUCUGCCCACAUGGCCCGAGCCAGAUCCUCCCAGCGACGUGAUUGGCUUCAUCAAUAUUCGAGAUGAGAAGAGAGCCCAUCAGGUUCACUUGCAAAGGUCAGAAAGGUUUGAGGUGAGCCAAGCGAUACGGUUUAGUUCGCCACUGACCACACCGGCAAAAACAGAAGAAAAACCUUUACUAUCUCCCACUGAAAAGGUAGAGAAUGAUGAAAAAUCAAAGAAUACAGAGGCUACAACACCAACAGAGGUAAAAACCGUAGCUCCAGCUAGCAACGAUCAAGUGGACAGCAAAGAGGAGACUGUGGUUCAAAACGACAACAAGGAGCCUAGCCAAGAUAUUCCUACAGAGAAAACAAUCACGGAGAAUCCACAGCCAAUGGACAUAGCCAACCAAGUAGAAUCUCAAGUCAUAGCACCCCCCAUCCCCAAGCGUCGCACUUUACAGUUAGUAAUAGACUCCGACUCAACAGAGAAGCCUACCGAAGCUCAGGUAACGUUAGUAAAAAUAGACCAAGUGAGUGACAGUUUACUCGAGCAAAAGACCCCGAAAGAGGAAGUGAAAAUGACCAGGCACCGGCUCCAGUCCCAACGGGAGGAGCGUGAUUCUGCGAGCAACGAGGAGGGCAGCCAGGACAGCACCAAGGUCAUCUGUGACCGGGGGGUUACAGACGACCCGUCCAGUAACUCCACGGGGUCCGAGGAAGAGUUCUACGACGCCCCAGCCGAGCAGCAGAAGGAGCCGAUCGUGAAUGGGGUCACGUCGGGGUCCAACCAGGGGAACAGGCUGGGUGACGGGCUCAACGUGAUGGCUCGAUUCUCCCAGAGCAUGUUGGACCUGAGGGAGCCCACGCAGACGGAGGACAGCAUGGCCCUCAUCCGGCAGUCACAGCAGAUGCGCAGGCAGAAUUUUCACUCUCCACACAGACAUAUUGGACAGUUGUACGAGUCCUCCAGAUCUCCAGAACGUGGCAGGGUCAUCAUGGCAAACCCUGGGGCUCACAAUCACCAGGGCAGGGCAGCUGCUCCUGUGAUGGGAGGACACCGGUACUGGCAGUCUCAGAUGUUGCCUCCUGACCCAGGCAAAAGCAACGUACAGACGCGGUCAGGACGCUCACCGCAACGACAACCCAACUACAGGAAGGGCCAGCAAUCGCCGGACCAGCCCCCGACCAGCCCCGGACUUUUAGGGGUCUCUUUCUCUAAACUGAGCAACUUGAAACACUUAAAGGCACGGGCUGGAGCGUCACAGAAGAAAGUGCCUCAAAUGAACAGGGCUAACCAGAUGAAAUAGUGGGGAAAAAGGAUACAUGGAAUCUUUUGCUAACUAAACAACGACUCUUAAUACUUGGGAGUGUUAACGUCUGGCAGCCUCUGUAAAUGUAAAAUGUCAACUGGUGAGAACUGAACCUGCCAAUCCUAUGGGGUCAACAGGGGUCUGCAAUGACUGGAUGUUAGAAUAUUUGAUUAGACUGUAUUUUUUUCCCAAAUGUGUCCUUUUACAUUGUGUGGGUCACUGGUUAAUUUAUUAGUUUACAGUUAAAGUACAUGACAGUUGGAUGUAUAAUAAGACCUGGAUGGAGUUCUGCUCCCACUUCCAGUUUUGGUAAAUCACAUCAAGUUUCUGAAGGAAUUUCCUAUAGACUGCACUAUAAAAAAAGACAGGGCUGGUAUUCGGUCAUCAUGAAAUGUUUUAGUGUUAUGUGUUUUGAAUUGUCAGGAAAAAAAAAAGAAGCUUGUAUCAGCUAAGAAUUUACUUUCUGGUCCAUCAAAUUUAACAUCUGCAACCGUAGUGUUCCUUAUAUUAUAGAUGGGCCCUUUUUUUGCUCAAUGCUUGAUUAACAAACAAGAAUGAUGCUAAGUUGCUUGCAGUCGCUUUUUACACAAUGUGUUUUUUAGCAGCUGUUUUGCAAUUGUAUUUUAAUUCAAACUCCCAAGCACUUCACUUCAUCUCUAUAAGUUUACUAUCAUUUGUUUUAAUGUUUUUGAACAAAAGGCAGACAGUGUUUUUGGGGUGUUUAUAAUGGGUUGUUAUUUGUACAAUUAUUUUGUACUAAUGUGGAGAAAAAAACACAAUGUGUGUAAAAAUAUCUACAAAUAAGAAGAGUAGUCAAAAUGUCUUCUUAAAGUGUACUUUCAAUGUUUGUACAGUAUAUAGUGAGGAUUGUGUAACCUAAAAUGUAAAUAAAGAAAACACCUCUUCUUAA